UGAGAAGAUUGUGAUUUUUUCAUUCUUGUUCUUUAAACAAAGGAUCAUUCAAUCGCCAAUCAUGGCGCCAAAGAAGAACAAGAACUCCGGUUCAUCUGCAUUGUCCAAUCAGAGGGCAAAUACAGAAGCAGGAAGAAGUACUGGAAGCACCGCUAACAACGCAAUUCAAACGAUCACAAACGGAUCUGCAGUAGUAGAAUUACCCGAAUCGGUACCUGGAUCGGCAUUCACAUGGACUCAUUUAUUUCAAGUGUUGGCAGUGUAUACAUUUAUUGCAUCUUUGACGUUAUGGUCGCAUUACCAUUUACCCAAACCUAAAUCGAUCGAUACAAACACGUUGGAUGAACCUGCACAAUUUUCCGAAUUGAAAGCAUUAGAGCAUAUAUCCAAAUUGAGCGAUGAUAUUGGUUAUAGAAUCGUUGGAACGAAAGAACAUGUAGAAGCAGAAAAAUGGAUUGAAAAUGUUGUAAAGAGUUAUGAAGGUUGGCAUACUACAGUAGUUGCAGAUCAAGAUGCAAAUCAAUUACACAAUAAUGCUACUUUACGGGCAACUGAUCCAAGAGGUGAUACACAAGUAGAAGUUUGGACGCAAAUUGCAGAUGGAUCACAUCGUUUCGAUUUUAUGAGCUCAAUCGUUUGGAAAAAGUAUUAUAGUAUGUCAAACGUAAUCGUUCGUAUUUCUGAUGGAACGGAUGAAGGCAAAGAACAUGCAGUCCUUUUGAACGCUCAUUUGGACAGUACAUUGCCCAGUCCAGGUGCGGCUGAUGAUGGUGCAGGAAUUGCAAUCUUGUUGGAAUUAUUGCGCAUUUAUACUUCACCACCUCGUCCACGACUUAAACAUUCAGUUAUUCUACUAUUCAACAAUGGAGAAGAGAGUCUGCAAGAUGCAAGUCACCUUUAUGCAACCCAACACGAGACCCGCCAUUCGGUUCGUGGUGUGGUCAACUUGGAAGCUUGUGGUACUUCGGGUCCAGAAUUAUUGUUCCAAGCAACUUCUGUUCCGUUUGUGGAAGCAUACAGCCAAGUUCCAUACCCUUUCGGAACAGUUUUGGCAAAUGAUGUCUUCUCUACAGGUUUGAUUUUAUCCGAUACGGAUUUCCGUCAAUUUGUGCAAUAUGCCAAUCAAUCCGGUUUGGAUAUGGCAAUCGUUGGCAAUAGCUACCAAUACCACACACGAUCCGAUAUCACCAAAAAUCUCGAACCAGGAAUGAUGCAGCAUUUUGGUGAAAAUGUGUUGGCAAUCGUGAACCAUUUGGCAACCUCCCCACGUUCGAAAUUGGCAGUCAACAAACCAUUCCCACGUUCAGCACCGCCAAUCUAUUUCAGUAUCGCAAGUCGAUUCUUUGUUUUGAUUCCAGCAGAGAAGUUCAGAACUGUUAUCAUGGGUAUUUCUGCAUUAUCCAACUAUCUGUUGACAUCCGUGGGAAGAGCGGAUAAGCAUCAAGGAGCAUUAAAGUAUGCCUUACUCGCUUUACUUUUCACAAUCACAUCUUUAUUGUCGGCUUUGAUCUUCUCCAAUGCAGUGGCGUUGAUUAUGGUUCAUGUGAUCGGUAAGCCUCUCAGCUGGUUCGCCAAAGAAUGGUAUCCGAUUGCACUUUUCGGACCUCCUGCUUUGGUUGGUAUUUUGUCAACGCAAUACCUUUUUGCAUCCUUAACGAGAAAGGAUCGCAGGGCUUAUUUGGAACGUGCAAGCUUGGAUGGUUUAUCGUUAUUCUUUGUGUUGUCGUUAUUGUCUUUGAGCGCUUUUGGAAUCGGAUCUUGCUAUUUGGCCGGAUUAGGAUCGAUCGCAAUGACUGUGGUGAUUGCACUGAAUGACUUGUUCUUGAUCGGUUAUGACAAAAUUGAACAGAAACAAGUUCCAGCCCACAAGAGGGUACAUCCGAUCAGUUAUCUGAUUUACGUCAUCGUACCAGCUUCGAUAGGAAGUGAAGGAUUGGUUUCUUUCUUGGACCUUUUUGUUCCGCUCACAGGCAGAACAGGUGAAAUUUCGCCUGCUGAUCAUAUCGUCGGUUCGAUUGCUGGUGCAUUAACAUUCUUGUGCUUGCCUUUUGCACUUCCAAUGUCAUUCCGAAUGGGUCGUGAACGUUUGGCAAAAGUGAUUGUGUUCUUUUUGACAAUCUCAGUAGCUUGCAUUGCAAUCUUUGCUUCUCCUGCUCUUAAGCCCUUCGAUGUUGGACAUCCCAAGAGAGUAUUCGUUCACGCCGUUCAAAAUGUCACUUCUGAUACAUUUUGGCUCAAUUUGGGAGGUGCAGAUCCAGAUGUUAAAGGGCUAGAGACAAUCGUAGAUGACGUUUGGAAAUCGAUGGGAAUCGUUGAAGAACCAUUUACGAAAGUGGAUAUGGACGAUUAUAAUCCGGAUUUUGCAAUCUUGUAUCCUGUAAGCACCUUCCUUACACCUUACAAGAUGCGUGUUCCAAUGCCGCAACCUUCUCCUUGGACGUUACCAAAUGGAGAUGAAUUCGUACCAAAGGUAUCAAAUGAGAAAAUCGAUUGGAAAGCAGGUACACGUACUUUAACCAUCACCGUUCGAAGACCAAAUUUGAUUUGGAGCGUGAUCGCUUUUGAUGCCGAUAUUCUUGAAUGGGAUUUACCCUCUGCACCACCUGUUGGAAUGCAAAGGCAUCAUAUCAAAGAAGUUGCACGACAUGGAAUUGAUGAAUGGUCAGUGACACUGACUGUACGUUUGCCAGAUGGAAUGCAACAACAAAAGAAAACGAAAACUGCUGCAAACCCAAUCCGUCUUUCUCAAGGUGUUCCCGAACGUGAUCCAACGAAAUUAUGGAUCGAUUAUUCUGGCUUAAUUGCAGAAGCAAUGUGGCCGCAAGCCAAAAGAUUGGAAGCAUCAAGAAGACAAAAGUAUCCUUCAAUUGAUGUUUUAGAACGUUUAGAUGAUGUCUUAUUGGAAAAGCAUCCUGAAGUGGAUUCAAUGUUACUAAGCGUUGUUGCUGCUGUUGCUCAAGUAUGAUCGAAUUUGGUGCAAGCUUUGGCUAAAGACUCUAUAUAGAAAAGCUCUUAGAGAGCAUACACUAAUAUACUACUGGAAGAAUCAAUACAUUUAUACAUCUCAUUUAUUGCUAGAAGUACAUGAUUGGAUACAUUAUGAAUUACUU